UGGGGCGCGGGCUGCGCGCAGCCAAGCCCCCUUGUCGUGUGCCCCUCCCCGCGCGCGCCCUUCGCCCGCAUCGUGCUAGCCCAGUAGAUGUGGCCACAAGGCUGUCUCUAAUUACCUCCUGUCCCCCGGCGGCCGGUGAAUAAUGGCUACUGGGGGCACUCGCAGGCGCUGCUGAGCAGGAAGCGAGGGGCUAGAGAGGCGCGGCGCUCACGGGAGCGCGAAAGAGAGGAGCGAGCCCAGCGCCACCGCUUGCGGCGCGCAGAGAAAGGAAUCGUGUGAGCGCUCACAUUUUUUUCUCCCAAGGAUCUCAUCUGGCUGUCGGGUACUGGAAGAGGCGAGGGGGAGAGCGCACCAUAGCAGAGAGACGGCAGGAGAAAAGGGAGACUACGAGACGCGCCGCGACGGCGCCCCGAGACCCAGGAGGAGCCCGCAGCAGUUAGGUUGUGAUGGGGAUUCUCCCCUCCCUUUUGCUCCACAAUACCUUGGUGAGCGGGCUCGGCGACCAAGCUACCCGUGGAAGAAUUGGGGCUGAGAUGUCGCGGCGGGUGGCCGCAGAUGGGGAUGCUGGAGAAUGAAGGAGUUCAUCUCAAGUUCGCAAUCUGUGUCCGGAAGCUGGUCUGGCCUGGGAGGGCGUUUCAAGCACCGGUCCUACUGUGAGCAACCAAUAACCGGCCCGAGUCAUGCAGUCUUUUCGAGAAAGGUGUGGUUUCCAUGGCAAACAGCAAAACUACCCACAGCCCUCACAGGAGACAUCGCGCCUGGAGAACUACAGGCAGCCAGGUCAGGCUGGGCUCAGCUGUGAUCGGCAGCGGCUGCUGGCCAAGGACUAUUACAGCCCACAGCCCUAUCCAGGCUACGAGGGUGGCACUGGCGCCCCUUCCGGCACCGUGGCCACGACAGCUGCAGACAAGUACCACCGAGGCAGCAAGUCCCUGCAGGGGAGACCGGCUUUCCCCAGCUACGUUCAAGACAGCAGUCCCUACCCAGGGCGCUACUCUGGCGAGGAGGGCCUUCAGACCUGGGGGGGCCCACAGCCACCACCUCCCCAACCGCAGCCUCUGCCAGGGACAGUGAGCAAGUAUGAGGAGAACUUGAUGAAGAAGGCCGUGGUGCCCCCAAACAGGCAGUACCCUGAGCAGGGCCCCCAACUUCCCUUCCGGACUCACAGCCUGCAUGCCCCCCCACCACAGCCUCAGCAGCCCCUGGCUUACCCCAAACUGCAAAGGCAGAAACCACAGAAUGACCUUGCCUCCCCUCUGCCCUUCCCCCAGAGCAGCCACUUUCCCCAGCAUUCCCAGUCCUUCCCUACCUCCUCCACCUACGCACCAGCAGUGCAGGGUGGUGGGCAGGGGGCGCACUCAUAUAAGAGUUGCACAGCACCAUCUGCCCAGCCUCAUGACAGGCCGAUGAGUGCCAAUGCCAGCCUGGCCCCAGGGCAGCGGGUCCAGAAUCUUCACGCUUACCAAUCAGGCCGCCUUGGCUAUGAACAGCAGCAGCAAGCACUUCAAGGCCGGCACCACACCCAGGAAACUCUUCACUACCAGAACCUCGCCAAGUACCAACACUAUGGACAGCAGGGCCAGGGCUACUGUCCACCAGACACAGCUGUCAGGACUCCAGAACAGUAUUACCAGACCUUCAGCCCUAGCUCCAGCCACUCCCCUGCACGCUCUGUAGGUCGCUCCCCUUCCUAUAGCUCCACCCCAUCACCACUGAUGCCCAACCUGGAGAACUUCCCCUAUAGCCAGCAGCCGCUUAGUGCUGGGGCCUUCCCCGCCGGCAUCACAGACCACAGCCACUUUAUGCCCCUGCUCAAUCCAUCUCCAACAGAUGCUGCCAGUUCUGUGGACCCCCAGGUCAGCAACUGCAAGCCCCUGCAAAAGGAGAAGCUUCCCGACAACUUGCUGUCAGACCUCAGCCUGCAGAGCCUCACAGCACUUACCUCACAGGUGGAAAACAUCUCCAACACUGUGCAGCAGCUCUUGCUGUCCAAAGCUGCCAUGCCACAGAAGAAAGGGGUCAAGAGCCUUGUGUCUAGGACUCCAGAGCAGCACAAGAGCCAGCACUGUAGCCCUGAGGGCAGUGGCUACUCCGCUGAGCCAGCAGGCACACCACUGUCUGAGCCGCCAAGCAGCACACCCCAGUCCACUCACGCUGAGCCACAAGACACUGACUACCUGAGUGGCUCCGAGGACCCACUAGAGCGCAGCUUCCUCUACUGCAGCCAGGCCCGUGGCAGUCCUGCCAGGGUCAACAACAGCAACAAGGCCAAGCCUGAGUCCGUGUCCACCUGUUCUGUGACCUCACCUGACGACAUGUCCACCAAGUCUGACGACUCUUUCCAGAGCCUGCACAGUACUCUGCCACUGGACAGCUUCUCCAAAUUUGUGGCAGGCGAGCGGGACUGCCCACGGCUGCUGCUCAGUGCCCUGGCACAGGAAGAUCUGGCCUCUGAGAUCCUAGGGCUUCAGGAAGCCAUUGUUGAAAAGGCUGACAAGGCCUGGGCUGAGACUUCCAGCCUGCCCAAGGACAAUGGCAAGCCACCCUUCUCACUGGAGAACCACAGCACCUGCCUAGACAGUGUGGCCAAGACUUCAUGGUCACAGCCAGGGGAACCAGAAACCCUACCUGAGCCCUUGCAGCUGGACAAAGGUGGUAGCACUAAGGACUUCAGCCCAGGGCUAUUUGAAGACCCUUCUGUGGCCUUUGCCACCACUGACCCGAAGAAGACAACCAGUCCCCUGUCCUUUGGUACCAAGCCUUUGCUUGGAGCUGCCACUCCAGACCCCACCACGACAGCAUUUGACUGCUUUCCAGAUACAACCACUGCCACCUCGGUGGACAGUGCCAACCCCUUUGCCUGGCCAGAGGAGAACCUAGGUGAUGCUUGUCCUCGUUGGGGCCUCCAUCCUGGUGAGCUCACCAAGGGCUUGGAGCAGGGUGCAAAAGCCUCAGACAAUGUGGGCAAAGCAGAUGCACACGAGACCUCUGCCUGCUUGGGCUUCCAGGAAGACCAUGCCAUUGGGAAGCCAGCAGCCACACUGUCUGGGGACUUCAAACAGCAGGAGGCAGAUGGGGUGAAGGAGGAAGUGGGUGGGUUGCUGCAGUGCCCUGAGGUGGGCAAAGCUGACCAGUGGCUGGAGGACAGCCGGCAUUGCUGUUCCUCUGCUGACUUCGGGGACCUGCCGCUAUUGCCACCCCCUGGCAGGAAGGAGGACCUGGAGGCUGAAGAGGAGUACUCUUCCUUGUGUGAACUUUUGGGCAGCCCUGAGCAGAGGCCCAGCCUGCAGGACCCAUUGUCCCCCAAGGCUCCCCUGCUUUGCACCAAGGAGGAAGCAGAGGAAGUUCUGGACCCCAAGGCUGGCUGGGCCUCCCCAUGUCACCUCUCUGGGGAGCCUGCUGUCCUACUGGGCCCCUCUGUGGGUGCUGAGUCAAAGGUCCAGAGCUGGUUUGAGUCGUCGCUGUCACAUAUGAAGCCAGGAGAAGAUGGGCCUGAGAUGGAGAGAGCCCCGGGUAGUUCCACCACUUCAGAAGGCUCCCUGGCCCCAAAGCCUAACAAGCCUGCUGUGCCUGAGGUACCCAUUGCUAAGAAAGAGCCUGUGCCGCGGGGUAAAAGUUUACGGAGCCGGAGGGUGCACCGAGGGCUGCCUGAGGCUGAAGACUCUCCGUGCAGGGUACCAGCACUUCCCAAAGACCUCUUGCUCCCAGAGUCCUGCACGGGACCCCCCCAGGGACAGGCAGAAGGGGCUGGAGCCCCAGGCCGGGGGCUAUCAGAAGGGCUCCCCAGAAUGUGUACUCGCUCUCUUACAGCACUCAGUGAGCCCCAAACUCCUGGACCUCCAGGCCUGACCACAACCCCCACACCUCCUGACAAACUGGGAGGCAAACAGCGAGCCGCCUUCAAGUCUGGCAAGCGGGUAGGAAAACCAUCACCCAAGGCAGCAUCCAGCCCCAGCAACCCUGCUGCCCUGCCUGUUGCCUCGGACAGUAGCCCCAUGGGCUCCAAGACCAAGGAGCCAGACUCUCCCAGCAUCCCUGGCAAGGACCAGCGUUCCAUGGUCCUCCGGUCUCGCACCAAACCCCAGCAGGUCUUCCAUGCCAAACGGCGGCGGCCCUCAGAGAGCCGGAUCCCAGAUUGCCGUGCCACCAAGAAGCUCCCUGCCAACAACCACUUAGCCACUGCAUUCAAGGUCUCCAGUGGGCCCCAGAAGGAAGGCCGGGUGAGCCAGCGGGUCAAAGUACCCAAGCCUGGUACAGGGAGCAAGCUUUCAGAUCGGCCCCUCCACGCGCUCAAAAGGAAAUCGGCUUUCAUGGCUCCUGUCCCCACGAAAAAGCGAAGCCUCAUCCUUCGGAGCAGCAGUGGGAGUGGGACAGAUGGUAGGGAGGAGAGGCCCGAGAGCUCGCCUAGCCUCUUGAGGAGGAUGGCCUCACCCCAGAGGGCCAGGCCCAGAGGCACUGGGGAGCCACCCCCACCCCCAUCCCUGGAGCCUCCUGCUGCAUGCAUGGGGUUGGCUACACCAUCAUCCCUGCCUAGUGCUGUGAGGACCAAGGUGCUGCCACCCCGAAAGGGCCGUGGCCUCAAGCUGGAGGCCAUAGUGCAGAAGAUCACCUCCCCUGGUCUCAAGAAAUUUGCAUGCAGAGUGGCGGGGGCUCCUCCUGGGACACCCCGGAGCCCAGCCCUACCUGAGAAACGGUCAGGGGGCAGUCCAGCUGGGGCAGAAGAGGGCCUAGGAGGAAUGGGCCCUGGGCAGAUGCUACCAGCUGCUUCAGGAGCCGACACAUUGUGCAGAAAUCCAGCCAGCAGGUCCCUAAAAGGCAAACUCUUGAGUAGCAAGAAACUGUCUUCUACUGCCGACUGUCCCAAAGCUGAGGCCUUCAUGUCCCCAGAGACCCUGCCAUCCCUAGGGACUGCCCGUGCACCGAAGAAAAGGAGCCGGAAAAGCAGGACCGGGGCCUUGGGACCCUCUAAAGGGCAGUUAGAGAAGCGGCCCUGUCCUGGCCAAACUCUGAUCCUUGCUACCCAUGACAGGUCCAGCAGCACUCAGGGUGGAGGUGAGGACAGCUCCGGUGGAGGAGGCAAGAAGCCAAAGACAGAGGAGCCGGGAAUGGCCCCCCAGCCCCCUGAAGGCCGGCCCUGCCAGCCCCAGACAAGGGCACAGAAGCAGCCGGGCCAAGCCAGCUAUAGUAGCUAUUCAAAGCGGAAGCGCCUCAGCCGUGGCCGGGCUAAGACCACCCACGCUUCACCCUGUAAGGGACGUGCCACCCGGAGACGGCAGCAGCAGGUUCUGCCCCUGGAUCCUGCAGAACCUGAAAUCCGACUCAAAUACAUUUCCUCUUGCAAGCGGCUGAGGGCAGACAGCCGCACCCCAGCCUUCUCGCCCUUUGUGCGGGUGGAGAAGCGAGACGCAUACACCACCAUAUGUACUGUUGUCAACUCCCCAGGGGAUGAGCCCAAGCCUCACUGGAAGCCAUCCUCCUCUGCUGCAUCCUCCUCCUCUGUCUCCUCCUCCUCCUUAGAACCAGCUGGGGCCUCUCUGACCACGUUCCCUGGAGGCCCUGUGCUGCAGCCGAGGCCCUCCCUGCCCCUCUCCUCCACCAUGCAUCUGGGGCCUGUGGUAUCCAAGGCCCUAAGUACCUCUUGCCUUGUCUGCUGCCUCUGCCAAAACCCGGCCAACUUCAAAGACCUUGGGGACCUCUGUGGCCCCUACUACCCUGAACACUGCCUCCCAAAAAAGAAACCAAAACUCAAGGAGAAGGUGCGGCUGGAGGGCACCUUUGAGGAGGCCUCUCUGCCUCUUGAGAGAACAUUCAAAGGCCUGGAAUGUGCAGCCAGCACCACCGUUGCCGCCACCACCAUCACCACCACCACAACCCUGGGGAGGCUGUCCAGGCCUGAUGGCCCAGCUGACCCUGGCAAGCAGGGCACCCUGCGCACCAGUGCCCGGGGCCUGUCACGGCGGCUGCAGAGUUGCUAUUGCUGUGAUGGUCAGGGGGACGGGGGUGAGGAGGUGGCCCCAGCUGACAAGAGCCGUAAGCAUGAAUGCAGCAAAGAGGCUCCUGCAGAACCUGGUGGGGACACCCAGGAACACUGGGUACAUGAGGCCUGUGCUGUGUGGACCAGCGGGGUGUACCUGGUGGCCGGGAAGCUCUUUGGGCUGCAGGAGGCCAUGAAGGUAGCUGUGGACAUGCCAUGUUCCAGCUGUCAUGAAGCCGGGGCGACCAUCUCAUGCUCCUAUAAGGGAUGUAUGCACACCUACCACUACCCUUGUGCCAAUGACACAGGACCAACAAGGCCAGCUCUAACCCAUCAAGUGGAGAACUUGAAGCACUUGCUUAUAAAGACAGCAUCCAGUCGCUGGGAAUGGCAGGCAGCACAGCACACUCUUGUCCAGAUCCAGCCCAGGCGCCAUUUCUCCCUGUGCCCAUCAGUCUCCUAGACCCCAUCUGCAGAGCUGGACCGUGAGCAGCUCGUCAUUGGAACAGCAGGACUCUCCAGAAAGUACAGCCUCAUGAGUCAGAUGCUGUCAUCCCCUCCCAUUCCUCAGCUCUGGCCUGGUCAUUUGUCCUAGUCUGAGCAGUAGAAUGCCAUCAGUGCCAUCUGCCCAAUAGAUCCUGGGCCAGCAUUAGCCCCUGCCGAGCCACCGUGGGAGCCACACAGGGCCUCAGAUGGUGAUGGUCUUCUGGUGGUGGUGAGCUGCUAGCACUCAGCAGAAAAGGAUGUUAGUGGACACAGGAUUGGGGUCCUCAUUGACUCUGCCUCCAUCACAAUGUGACCUGUAUUGGGACGUGGACUCAACCUAAGUACAAGGCCUUACUCCCUAUCCAAC